AUGAGUAUAACUCAAGAAGCCACACAACGCAAAAAGCGACUUUCUUCUGUGAGCGAUCCUUCUGGAAACCCAAUAGUAUCUCUUGUUGAGAUGGCUGCACAUAAUAAAAUGCAGUUUGAUAAAGCUGCUGAAGACUAUGAGUCUGUUCUUCUUUCUAUUUUGAAGUCUAAAUUGCUUUUAAGGAAAGUGAUAGAACAGCGAAUGUACCAAGACCGGAUCAAACGGGGCAAUUUAACAGCCCGAGAGAUUUCCGAGUUAUUAAAGAAUCAAGGAGAAGAAGAGGACGAUGACUUCAUCCAGAAGAUCACUGAGCUUCGACGAACACUUUUGAAUGAAAUUCGAAAGAACUCCGACUUCGACCGAGACAUUGCCGACAUAGAGAACCGGAUCACUCUUCUUGUGCAAAACGCGGGGACCGUGUUGGCUAAAGACAAGAAGAAAAAGAAGAAGAAACAACUUGAUGAGGAGAGUACUUCUAAUGUGGUGUUAACACACGAGAAGCUCGAGUUAUAUGGAAACUUGUUCUUCUUAUUACAGACGGAGCCAGUGUAUCUCGCUAGACUUAUUAACUGUUUACAACAAUCCGAGUCGGAUAUCAAGGAAAUGCUCAACUGCAUACUUCUGAACCUUUUUAUGGAAGGACAAACAACAAGGGAGGACUAUUUGAUACUCAAAGUUGUCCGCACAGCUAUUGAACAACAACUCAGUUUGAUGGUCCCCCUUUUCACGCAAAUCCAGAACCAAUCCGUCGUCCCACAGAUGAUGGUGAUCUACGCGAAACGAAAGGAAGGACUGAAGUUCUUAGCCGACACGUUCUCGCCGUGCGUCCAACGACUUAACAAAGAAUUUCCGGCAUACAGAAAGAUCGAACUGAAUGGGAAAAGAGUCUUAGACGACUACGUUAAUGAAACAGAAGAGGUCACUGGAGGAGUUUGUCCCCUCCGAGACCUUCCUCUUGAAAAGGUAAGUAGUGCGCCUGAAUUAAAAGAGAAGAUCCAGAAGCGUGUGGCUGACUUGAAAGAGGCGUGUAACAUCUUCUAUGGGACUAUUAUAAAAAGUCUGAGUCAUUAUCCUUAUGGGCUCAGGUACUUGUGUAAAGUCAUUAACGACGGUUCACUUGCAGCAUACCCAAAUCUCCCAAAUUCGGAAUUAUUACAAUACACCGGAUAUUUCAUGUACUAUAGAUUUGUCGGACAUUAUAUCACAUCAAAUGAGACGGGACAGUCCCUCGACCAAAUGCAAAACGCGCUGAUGAUCAAUAAAGUCUUCACACAACUCUUCCAACAACAAACACCAUUUCCAAACACUGAGGCGAACAUGUGGUACUUACCUAUGAACGAUUGGAUCAGCGAGAGAUGUAGCGAAGUCAAACAAUUCUUAACUGAAUUCACCGAUGUGGAGCCACCAGAAACGAAAUUGCAAAUAGAUAAGUACAUGACACUCAUCCAAGACGUUAAACCAGUUGUCAUUAUGACGCCCCCACAACUCAAAAUGUUCCAUCAGGAAUUGGUCGACCAUUUGGAACAAAUUGCGAACAAGGAAGACCCGUUGAGAAAGAUACUUGGCGAGAUCAAAGAAGUCCAGUUGUAUGAGGGAAAGGACAUCACCCUCACGUUAACACCAAAGUACAUCCAACAGUCGUCCGAUGACGAGGACCAAGUCUUGUAUAACAAAACAAAGUCGAUGGUCAUUGGGUUCUUUAAGUAUAUUAAAAACACGGAGAGCGAUAUUAGUACCUUCCAAGACAUGCUCGACGAAACAGAGAAGUUAGCGAAAGAGAAGAACAAUGAAAGUGUGUUGAAGACUAUUGAAGAAGUGAAAAAGAACUUGGACGUGUUGUGUGAAAAGGGUCUUGCGAACAAAGAGGACAACUACAAACAAUUUCUUAAAGACGUCGCGAUUGAAAUUUCGAAUCGAGCGGAGAUCAAAGAACAACAACAAAAGGAGUUGACGCGGCUUGACAUCUCAAUUAAACAAGCACUCAAGAAACAAAAGGAUUUGGAAGACAUUUUAGUCUCGUAUAAAGAAUAUUGCCAACAAUGCGUCCAACGGAUCUGUCAAGGAAAACAGAAGAAAGGCAAAAACAAGUUGGAAGGCAAGCUCUUCAAACCUAAGGAAUAUUCAUAUAACGACUUGGCGAAAAAAGGCGUCAUCGUCAGUUCUGUCGUACCAAAGGCGGUCAGAAAACUCACAAAAAUUGUGAUCUCGUCGGAAGAGGCGGGAGUCUUUAAUGUCAGUGUCAAACUGCCGGGUCUCAAUGCAGAAACCGUCGACUUGAAACUCGAAGAACUCCUUGAAAAAAGAGCUAAAGGUGAAAGAACAGUCGACAUUAACGAACAGAUGGAACUCGACGUUAGCAUGACGAUAUUUGUGAUGAACCACCUACUCUCUAAGUGA